UCACCAGCUGAUGUUGACACAUACAUAACACUCUUUUGUUUAUAGUUUUGUUCACGACCCCUCGCACAUUUCGCUCAGAGCACGAAGUGUAGUCAACAUGGUUGUUGCUGUUUAGUGCUACGAAACAUUUCUUUUGUCGUUAAACUACUUACAGAACGCACGUCGAAAAGAUGCACGUAACUUAGUUUUGUACGAGUCUCAUUUAUUUUUUAUUUUUGCCAAAAAAAACCAACCAGAAUGACUUCUGUCACCAAAGUUGUUAAAAGCGUGGGGCCCAAAUUGAUGCCCUUUUUUAAGACUUUAGCCGUUUAUUUCGUCAUUUUUAUACCACACGAUCAACCAUCCCUUCUCGCCAUGGUAUUAAAAUGCCUUCCUAUAAUUAGUCUAAUUAUAUUCGUGCUAUUACACGGUAUGAGUUUAGGAAAUGAGUACCAGUAUUCUAGGAAGAUAAUUGCAGGGUUGUUAUUCUGCUGCAUUGGGGAUGCGUUUCUUAUAUGGCCUCAGUAUUUUUGUUUAGGUAUUGUAGCAUUCGGCGUUGGGCACAUCAGUUAUAUAUUAGCCUUUGGAUUGAAACCCUUCAACUUACCCUUGGGUGUAUUCCUGUACUUCAUAAAUGCUUUAGGUGUUAUGUACAUUAUGCCAGACCUUCAUGGAAUAUUUAUUCCUGGCAUAAUAAUUUAUUCUUAUAUUCUUACCACAAUGGUAUGGAGGGCUAUCGCAAGGGUUCAAUUCUUUGAGGUGUGUAUACAUUUGUCAACCACCGUUAUUUAUUUAAAAAAUAUGUAACAAAUUCAUUGGUUU